AGCAGCAGCAUGGACCUUAGUUUUGGGGGGCUUUAAUGGGGCAGGAGUAGUUUAGGUUUUGUAGGGCUUUUCUUGUGUAUUCUUCCCUACAUCACUGUCUCUUAAAGGUCAAAGUUAAUUUGUGGACCUUUGACCUAAUAGAGUGAGUAGGGUCUGUAGGCUUUUCGGUGCUUACAAGAGCUGGGCUCGCCUUUCUAGAUGGAAACUGAAGAGAACUGCAGUGGUCCUGAAAGCUUCCUGGUGCUGUAGGCUGAACUGUGUGCUAGUUUGUAACAGUGUCAAAAAAAAUUAAAAAUGAAUACUGCCUCAACUUCAGAAAGUAAAUCAUAUUCCACAAACCACUCAAGACCCUUUUUUUAUGCACAGCCAACAGUACAACAACCUUUUUCAAAUCCAUGGUACCCCAGUCAUGCGUACAGUCCGUACUGUGUACCUGCUCCAGGCUUUCGAAGUGGAAAUCCUUAUUUUCCAUUUUACUCUGUUGCACUGCAUGAGUACCCUGGAUUUCUUGUUCCACAGCAUCCAAUGCAUGCAAGAGUUAACAGAAGGCAUUAUUUUAAUGCUCCUCCACCUUCCCCUAUGUUUUAUCAUGCAACAAGAUUUAGACACUAUAGUACCUCUGGGAAAAAAAUGGAGACAAAAGAAACACAGACUGAUCCUAGGCAGCCUGAAGACAAGCAAAAAAAGCAUCAAGAUAUCCGUACUGAAACGAAAGGUUGUGAUGCAGGAAAUAUGGCCUGUGUUUCUUCUGGUAUAGGUACAGAGACUGAAAGUACUUCAGAGAAACAAGAUUCACCUGGAUCUUCCAUUGGAGUAGACAGAGAGUUUCAUAACAAGAGCCCUUCCAGCUCUACACAGUAUAGAAAUCUUCCUACUGGAAGCUAUGCCUUUGAGAAGGAAGAAGUGAGGAUAGAAUAUGGAAAUGGCUCUCCAGCUAUUCAACUGUGGAAGUCCUUUAAAGAAACUAUCCCAUUGUAUGAUGUGGCAAGUGGUAAACCAGUCCCAGAGAAUAUGGUGCAGCGUGACUUAUUUUCUGUUAGCUCAUGUGAAGGAGUGAUAUAUGGCCCUCGUGAAGGGGAGAAAAUGGUGCCAGCAGCUUCCUUAGAUGAGAGAAAAGCUGUUCUCUCCUCAAAACAGGGUAUUGAAACUGUGCAAGAAAGAGAGGUCCAAAAUAAUGAAGUGAAACUGGAUGCAGAAAAGCAGGUGAAUACAAGUCAAAGGGCAAAAUUGCCCCCAGGUGAAACCAUGGCAGUGCAAAUCGCAGAGUUGGCAAGAACUGUUAGCAUAGAUCAACCAGUGGCAGGAGCUAAGAAAUCUAGCUCUAAAAAAUCUGCAGGCUCAAAAACUUCUCAAGAAGAGCCCAGCUUUAUGCAACAAGCAGGACUACUUCCAUCUAGUAUGGAGGUAAUAAGUGACUUGAGUUUUCAGCAGAAAAAGAUGAAUCUAAGCCACAGUGUGAUGAAUGACAGUCAAAUGGAUAAAAGUGUUUGGUGUGACGAAUCAAUUGAGAAGUACAUUCCCUCUAAUGAUUGGCUGGGUUGUAUGGACACAAGCUACAAUUAUGAUGUUUGUUUGCCACAAAGGAAACAUCAAAGUGUACUCAGUCUUUCUUCUGAUGACAUGUCCUCUAGAGAGGAAGGCUCAUCAAUUGAUAAUGCCCCAGUGUCUUAUUUUGUUCCUGACUAUGUGCUUCAGAAAAGCAUGUAUACUUUCCAGAAAAAUACAGAGGGUUUGGAGAAAGAGAAAAUUAAAAGUGGUGGGUCCCUUAAUGAAGAUGAAGUGCUAGGAAGGGAGCAGAUGAACAGCUCGAAUGACCAAAAUGUCAAAAACUCUCCAACUAUGAAGAAGAAACAAGCUUCUGGUAAAGGUAGAAAGCUGGGAGCCCUGCCUAGAUCUUCUAGUCAGAAUAAAGUCAGUUCUCUCAAGAAAAAAGCAGCUAAGAGUUUGUCAGAAGUUGAGGACUCUGAAGAAUGCUCUGUGAGGGGAGAAGAGGAGGAUGAAGAUGGAGAGGAGGAGGAGGAGGAGGAGGAGGAGGAUGAUGAUGACAUGGAUGAAACAGAAUAUUUAUUUCAAGAAGCUACUCCAUAUGGAAUCUUGACACCUGGUAAAGGAAGUUUCUACCCAGUUAGCCACAGGGUACUUUGGAAACCACCUAAAAAUGCUAUACCAGCUCAAUUAAUUAGCUGGCCUGCUCAAGAGACAAUAAAAACUAGGUGUGGGCUUCGUGAAAACAUUGGUAUAGUUUACAAGACAAAGGAGAAAGAAAAAGAUGAAGUUCUAUACAGUGACUAUGGGUAUUAUGGAAGAAAGAGGCCUAUGGCAAAAAGAGAAGGACUUGAACACCAGCGAAUGCUACGGAAGUGCUUGGGAGGAAGGUUGUUAAGGGAGAACAUGGGCAUACUACCUGAAGAGUAUUGGAUUAGAAGUGGUGCUAAACCCAAAUUUACCAGCCAAACACAUGGUAGUCUCUCACCUCUAGCCAAGAGCAAAGAACAAGGGUGCCCACCUCUGGUUAAACCAAAGAAGAAAAGAAUAGGCAAGCCACCCUCAAAACGCAGAGACACAAGAUGUGAGAUGGAAGAAGCAUGGGAGAUGCCUAAAAGCAGUGUACACAAAGGGCAUGGAACAAGAAAGUCCCUCUAUAAGAGAAGAUAACUAAAUAUUGGGGCAGGAGGGGAAAAAAGUAUCAGUUUUGCAUAACUCAAAAACUCAGUUACUAUUCUCUUGUAUAUUUUGUAAAUUGCUGUGCACUCUUAAAGGGUAAGAACUAACACUGUAAAGACUGAGGACACUACUGAAAUGCAAUGAAGUAUUUAACACUAAAAUCACACUUUUACAACUAGCACAUCCACUAUUUAAAUAAUAAAUUUAAUAGAAUUGCACCUUGAGACUUCUUGUAUUCCAUCUAUUCAUGGAAGCAAAAAAGCUAAUGAUAUGGAUGUGUAUGCAUCAAUACUACUAUGGCAUACUAUUUACUGCUGCCCUGUUCUUAAAUUCUGCAGGAUUAUGAGGCCUGUCAAGUUCAUCAUAUCUGAUAGUCAGUUUGUCUGUAUGAUGUGGACAUAGGUACAAGAUUCCCUUCCAUCAGCUGGAUUUUUGGCUGGAUUUAUUUUUGCCAAAGUGUAUAGGAAUGUAGUUAAAGCUGUAUCAUGUCAAAAAUUUACAUGAAAUUCCAAGGUAGUUCCUCAGAUAUUAAUCUCUUCAUAUGCAUGAUUGAGGACUAAAACUAAAGCACUGAUUUGAUGUGAUGCUUCCCCUUCCUCCCCUUACUUUUCUGUGGAGACUUCAGAGUCCUCAAUGCAGACUCUGAGCUGGAAAGAUGGACUCUGAAAGUGAAACAGAACUUUCUAUAAGUGCUGUGCCCUGUUCUGUGACUUCCUAUUGAUGACUUCUUCUAUUACAAUUUAUACUGACCUUGGCAAGUCACUACAGAGAAGUUCGUUUAUAAAACUAAGAUGAUAAAACUAGGUUUCUGAGCUAUCUUAUGAAUAAUGGAAAUAGACUUAUCUAGAUGAGGUGGAUGGCUCAAAAAUGUGUGAUCUUUUUCAUGUCUACAAAAGCUAGUAUCACCAUGUGAGAAGAAUAAACAUUCUACUGCCAUUCUUGGAUGAUUCCCAAGUAAAGUGCUAGAGUGAGUGAAAAAGAUAGGGAACGCUGUAUUUAAAAAAAAAAAAAAAAAAAAAAAAAAAACAA